AAAAGCACCUGAACGCAACACGGUAUGCGCCAAAUUAGCGUUUGUUUAGACAGAGGCAACUUUAGAUAUCCGGACUUAGAUGUUUGUGUCAAACUUUUGCUGAAAUUUGGCAGCAUUAUUAUUUAAAGAAGAGCUAUGUUUCGGUCUAAAACAGCCUGGUUUUCAAGUACUGUACCAAAGGAUUACCUUAACUUUUGGGUAGAGGAGGGUGGAACUGUUACGGGGUGGAGGAAAGCAGAUUACCUCUUCAGUGCAGAUGCAACAUGUCCCGACACGCUGAGGAUAUUUGACAGCAAAGACUACAUCUGGAACAAGGUGACAGUUUUUCACUGUCUGUUUCUGUCCACCUGUGAGAAGAGGCAAAGUGUGAAAUCGGUGUGCAUCGGACAUUAUGUGCUGCCUCCAGCCUCUGUACAGGACGAGGUGAGAAAGGUAGCUGGGAGGUUGAUUUGGGAGCGUGACGAUGAACAGGCAUCUGUGCAGGAGGAGAGUUUGACAGAAGAUGACCACGAAGAAGAAGGGAGGAGGAGAAUGGAAUCUGAGACGAACUCGUCAAGAAGUGAAUCUCCUCUGUGCGAUCAUUUAAGGAGCUCAGUUUGUUCAUAUGUCAACAUGGMUAGUCUCCAGAAGUAUUCUGGUGAUUUGUGUGAUGUGCAUCCUGGGAAAAUUUGAUGUUCAAAUUUUAAAGAAUACUUCUUUUUGACAUGGUCAUAAAAAAGUACCGGACAAUAAUCACUGCAACUUUGCUGAAAGCAAUUUUUAUAUUUUAUUUGGUGGAGAACCUUUGUCUUUCAUUUUGUUGUAUAAGGUCAAAAUGUUAAGUUAAUAUAACUUGAAAUAUUGUGUGUAUUGCCUGUUUUCUUACUAUUAUUUUUAUAGAUUAAGUUUAAAAUAUUAGCAUUUUAUUGUUUCUUAUACAUUAGAGUCAAAUAUGUGUUAAAAUUAGAUUUUUUAAUGGAUAUUGGGACAAAUGCCACAUCAGACCAUAUUUUUCUUUAAUUAAAAAAAUUCU